AUGGCAGAAUCGCAAGAAGAACGUGUUUCAAGCGAGGAUCCUCCUUUAUGCACUUCACCUAGCCGAAAUUCAUUAAUGGAGGUCGAUAUAGUGGAACCGCUAGAUUGUGUAGCCUCUGACGUUUCAGAGAAUUUAUCAUACGAACAAGAAAACUUAGCCGGCGAUGUCGCAGGCCAUGGUUUUAAGUCGAACAAGGCCACGCAGUUGUCGGAUGUUACAGAUGUUGGAAGUGAAAAGAUGGAGCUUGUUGAUGAGAUAAGGACGACAACAUUUGAUAAGAUCACAAAGGCUCCCAUUAACCAAGCUAUACACUGUAAUCGCGACGGGAUCUGCGAGUCUCGUGUUAGAGCACCAACGUGGAAGAAUACGAUUUCAGCUGCUGGGUGCAAGGCAAGGAUAUAUGUAAAGUUUGAUAAAGACGUGCAAGACUGGGUUUUGCUCAAGGUUGACUUGGCGCACUCUCAGCCAUGUUCACCGAAAAAGGCAGUGCACUACCAUGAGUAUAGGCAGCUGACCAUGCAUGCGAAGUGCGUGAUCGAGGAUAAUGAUGAGGCUGGAAUUCGACCAAACAAGACAUUCUUUGCUUUGUCAAAUGAGGCUGGUGGCCCUUCUAACUUGGGAUUCUCAGAGAAGGAUUUAAGAAAUUAUAUAACAGCAAGGCUCCGAAAUAGCAACGUGAAUGCGGAUGUCAGGGAGAUGAUGAGCUACUUCAGGAGAAUGAAGGACAUCAAUCCGAACUUCUUUUAUGCGGUGGAGUUGGAUGAUGAGUGUAAAUUCAAGAGUGUAGUAUGGGUCGAUGCAAGGUGUAGGGCAUCGUAUGAAUACUACGGAAACGUUGUGUCAGUUGAUAGCACUUACAGAAGGAAUAGGCAUGGAUUACCGUUUGUGUCGUUCAUUGGGGUCAACCACCAUGGUAGGUUGACCCUCCUCGGUUGUGCUUUGUUGGGGAAUAAGGAAAUCACAAGUUAUGAGUGGGUUUUUAGCCAAUGGGUCAAGUGCAUGGGAACUGCUCCACAGUGUAUCAUAACCGAUCAAUGUCGAUCCAUGUAUCGUGCGAUCAAAAAUACUUUACCCGACACACGCCACAGGUGGUGCAUCUGGCAUAUUAUGAAUAAGUUACCUUCUAAGCUUGGGGUUUACCGUCAGUACGGAGCUUUGUAUGCUGACCUAAACGACAUUGUGUGGAACUCUCGGACCGAGAAGUCAUUUGAAGAUAACUGGGCUGAUUUUAUAGAUGAGUACAACUUACAUAACAACACGUGGCUGUCAGAUCUGUAUGAUGACCGACGUAUGUGGAUCCCAAUAUACUUCAAGGGUGAAUUUUGGGCAGCAAUGCGGAAUACUCAAAGGAGUGAGAGCAUGCACGCAUUCUACGGUGGAUACUUACACAGUAAAACUAGCUUGGUUCAAUUUGUUCAUGAAUAUGACAAUGUUCUUGGAUUUAAGGAGCAGAGAAAACUGGAGGAUGAUGCUGCAAACUCGAGGGGGGAUCCAUUGGUCUGCGUGAUGGUGGAAGAGGAGAAACUAGUCAACGAUACUAUUCUAUGCGUUCCGUACGAUGUUCACUUUGACCAUUCCACACAGGAGCUUCGUUAUGAGUGCAAUCUUUUUGAGAGUUCAAGUGUGUUGUGCUGUCACUACCUUGAAGUUUUCCAUUCAUAUAAAGUGUACAAAGUACCUUCAUGUUAUGUUCUCCCUCGAUGGAGCAAGAACAUAAAGCGCAAACAUACGUAUGUCAAAAGUAGCCAUGAUAUCAGUCGGUCGGAUGAGAGUCAUGUUGCAUUCAGGGGACUGUGUGCGCACUUCUAUAAUGUUGCUCAAGAGUUCGUCGGUGACAAUGAAGAAACAGCAUUGCUGCAUGUUGCUUUGGAAGAAACAAUGGCCAAGUUGGAUGCGCACCAUGCCAAAAAGAGGUCUGAGAGCAUGUCAAAGACCCAGACAAACAUUGGCUCACAGAGUUCGAACGAUGUCAGUGUUGAUGACAUCCAAGGUCCAUUGAAGGUUACCACAAAGGGGAGGCCAAAGAGUAAGAGGCUCGGCGCUGCCCUUGAGAAGUGCUUCAAGAAUUCAAGGCGGAGAAAACAAAAGAAGUCAUCCCCGGUAGAUGUUUGGCUUAAUCUCAACUUUGUGGUUCGUCCACACGCAUUUCAAGAUAUACACCAUGGUUCUGUUGCUGGCCUAAAUGUCCCCGAACAAGCCGGUGAUUUCAUGUCUUUGUUAAGCUCCUUCAACAAAAAGUAG